GGUUAGGCAAACCAGGCACAGUUUUUGCAAUGAGUUCAAGAAGGUACUUCGGGCGCAUGUACGCAUCCGAUGUUCUGAGUGAAUAGUAAGAUGCUUCAAGGCUGCAUUGCCUUCAUCAACAUCCAUGGAGAUAUCCACAUCGUCAAUCCUCUCACACGCCCGGAUACGGUACACAUGCGCUCUCCAGCGACACGCAGCCACAUCACAACACAACGCACAGCGUUAGCAAGGAUGGCGAGGACCUCAUGUAGAAAAUGGCCAGUCCGUGUGAAGCCUGCGCACUCAGCGACCUGGGGGACACGUCUAGGGCGCUUCGUCGGAAAGUUCCGGGUGGUCAAUGGUCUAUCUGCCUCUCAGGGGAGCACAAAAAUGUCAUCGCCGGAUGUCGGCUCCAUCUGUAGCAGUCCCUGCACCAUAUAUAUCAGCACCCUCUUUGCUGCAGUACGACACUAUGGGGCACUUACCCUCGCCACAUCGGCUUACCUGCAUUGCCGUUGCCAUCACUCUGACAGGUUGUGCCACAGCGAGACGGCAACACCACAACUUGGACAAUGCAAUCAACCACAGCUCUCAUCGACUUUAACCUCAACACUUGACAGCCGUAGAGCAUACAAUGGUGUUGGCGGGCAGGAUAUAGGCAAAUGCGGAGGAGGCGGGAAAUGUAAAGGCGGGAAUCAAGGCGGCGGGCAGGAGUGAAAGGCGGGAACUAAGACCGCGGGAUAUGAUGGUAGGCGGGAUUACAAAUAAUUAACGAUUCAGCGGCGGACUGCCCGAACUUACCGUGCACCCGGCACUUUCCGAACAACCACUGGCAGUCUGCAGCUGUCUGCAGACGU